GGGACACUUCUCCAGCACAUUUGGGAGGACCCACAGAGAGGAGUCUGGGGUCUGGAUUCCGCCCCCCCUCCCCAGGCCAGCUGUCUUUCCCACGGGGGACCUUCUCCGCCACCCAGCACAUGACCUCCCUGCCGUGGGAGCCACAUCGCUAUGGCCUUGGUGUGGCUCAUGGUGUUUCUGACGUCUGUCUCCGGUCUGCUGCAAAUGGAGGAAGAUCCCAAUUUACUGAUUAAGAACCUAAGGAUGGAGCCGGGAGAAAGGAGACUGACCUGGGACCUCCAUGGAAAUGUUUCUGAAAUUAUGUGUUUCAUAAAUUCAAAACUUAUCACUAAGGCCAUCGACAACAACCGUUACUGCCGGUUCCACGUACUUCCCUUAUGUGAAGUGAAAAACUUCACCAUCUCCUUGACCAAAGGCCCACCAUUCUUGAUGGGGAUUCAGUAUCCUCUGCAAGAAGGAAACCCUGGGGCGGCCGCACAACGUCUGGACUGCUGGGUGCACGAUGUGGACUUCCUGACGUGCAGCUGGGAGGUGGGCAGGGAGGCCCCCAGUGAUGUGCAGUAUCGCCUGUACUGGCAGGCGCUGAGGACCCACAGGGAGCAGGAGUGUCCACAUUACGAAACGGAUGAUCGGGGGAAACACGUCCGGUGUCGUUUCAAUGAUGUGUCCAGAUUGCCGAAACAGCUCCAGAUCCUGGUGAGAGGCACAAGCCACGGCGCCAGGAUCCCCUGCUUGGACCGUUCUGUCGAAUUAUCAGAAAUUGAGAGAUUAAGUCCACCCAACAUCACUGCGAUGUGUAACAAAUCAUAUUCGAUGAUGGAAUGGAAAGCGUCAAGCCACGUCAAUCUCAGAUUUGAGUAUCAACUUCAAAUACAAAAGGGCAGCGAUCCCGCCUACACAGAGAAGCUCCAGGAAAACUUCUUCCAGAUUCACAAUCCCGGGAACUACAUGGCGAGACUAAAGGUGAAAGGUUUCUUCCGCAACACAUGGAGCGAGUGGAGUGCCCCCCAGUACUUUGUGUGCGACCUCGGGGAGGGCUCGCAGUGGCCCAACUGGCUGUUGACCACGCUGGUCUUGCUGGGAACACUGCUGGUCCCGGGACUCGCGGUCGUGCUGUGUGGAAGGUACUCAGUGUUGCAGAAGCUCUUCCCUCCUAUCCCUCACAUGAAAGACCCCAUCACUGACAACCUUGAGGGCAGCAAGUUGGUGGCCUGGGAGGCCAGCAGAGCAAGCAGGGAGGACUGCCCGGUGGCGGAGGUGCAGGUUUUGGGGGAGACAUGACACGGGACCUCAGACCUCCUCGGCACACGGCCAGGUGCCCGCACAGCCUGGCUGCCGUUGGACCAACGGACGACUGUAUGGGGGUGGGGGGAGGGACACCCCAGGGCACACUCCGCGGAGCCGCCACGAGCAAGUUGUGUCAGGCUCAUUUUGUAAAUAAACGCCGUUUCCACCCAGUC